CUGUAGAGAUGACAGGGCCUGAUAUGGCCGAAUGACUGGUCCAGAGAGAGUCAGCAGCAAAGCAGCUCAGAGAUGGAGUAGGACCUGUGCACAUACACACUCUUACACAUAUUCCGAAUAACACCGCCUUGCUCCAACUGAAGUGCAGCCAUGCAGGAAUCUCCUGGCUCCAUUGGUGUGGAUGGAGGUUAUGCCAGUAAUGUGCCUGCCUUCCUCACCAAACUGUGGACCCUGGUCGAGGACCCGGACACCAACCACCUCAUCUGCUGGAGUGCUACUCCACAAUCUGGCUUACAGAGUCCUCAAAAUACUGGGACCAGCUUCCAUGUGUUCGACCAGGGCAGGUUUGCCAAAGAGGUGCUGCCAAAAUACUUCAAACAUAACAACAUGGCCAGCUUUGUCCGUCAGCUCAACAUGUAUGGCUUCAGGAAGGUGGUGAACAUAGAGCAGAGUGGUCUGGUGAAGCCAGAGAGAGACGACACAGAGUUUCAGCACCUCUACUUCCUGCAAGGCCACGAACACCUGCUGGAGCACAUCAAGAGGAAGGUCUCCAUUGUGAAGAGUGAAGAGACUAAAGUACGGCAGGAGGACUUGAGUAAGCUGCUGUAUGAAGUGCAGGUACUUCGCAGCCAACAAGAGAACAUGGAGUGUCAGAUGCAAGACAUGAAACAGCAGAAUGAGGUGCUGUGGAGAGAGGUGGUCUCACUGAGACAGAACCACACCCAGCAGCAGAAAGUCAUGAACAAGCUGAUUCAGUUCCUUUUCAGCCAGAUGCAGUCAAACACAACAAGCACUGUAGGAAUGAAGAGAAAGCUUCCCCUGAUGUUGGACGAUGGCUCAACCACGCCCCCAGCCUCCAAGUUCAGCCAUAACAACCAAAUGGAGCCCCUGCAUGAACCGUUCUAUAUCCAGUCGCCAUCCACAGAAACAGCCUCUUGCUCCAAUAGUGCAAUGACAGGAGGACCAAUCAUAUCAGACGUUACUGAAAUGUCACAACCCAGCAAUAUGCAAAUGCAAACAGAGGAGACAAGGGAUAAGUGUAUGAUGCUGAUCAAAGAGGAGCCAGUGAGCCCAGGGGUGCGAGGCCGGGGGGAGGGGGUCCCACUGGGCUCUUGUGAGGUGUGUUCUGAACCCCCCGUCCUCCCUGUUGCCAUGGUACAAUCCGUCCUGGAGGGCCGAGGGUCUGGAGCAGACAGGAGGCUCAAGAGACCUGCUCUGGAGAGGCCAGAGGUACCUGAUGCUGAAGAGAAUGUGGACAUGAGUCUGGAGGACCUGCAGCUUCUCCUGAGGACCCACCAGCAGAGUGUGGAGCCCACCACUGCUGUCAUGGAUCCAUUCAGUUUCAACCUGCCCUUGAGUGAGUGGAACUUUACCGAUAUGGAUUCCAACCUGAAAUCAUACAUGUUUCAGAGCCAGGAGGCAGAGGCUUACCCCAACGCUGGUUGUGAGGAACAGUGAUGUCUUGACAGAUCCGCUGGCACAUGCUUGUCCUGGCAAAGGCAGGCCAGAAAACAAGACAUUCCUCAAGGCUCUCAGAUUUGUUCCAUCCCCUGUCGUCAUGUCUUAGAUCCAGCCUACCUGACCCAAUGUGAGCAGAGCAGGAGGGAUUCUUGUCACUCAGAGCUCUGUGGGCCUAUCUUCCAUCCACUAGGAUGUCCGAUCUGGGGAGUUUUCUUCAGAAGCACUGUAUAGCUUUUCAGAGAACCAGAGUUGAAUCUAUUUGGAAUUAUUCAGACUUCUUUCACUGAUGUUCAACAGUUUUACUGGUGGGGACCCUGGCAGUUGUGACUUCAAAGGCUGACCCACAGGACAUCCUAACAUAAGCAAUGGCUUCUCUCCUAAAGCUGGACUGAUCUACAGUCAGAGAGCCUGACUGUGGGAUCUCAAUUCAUGAAAGACCAACCGACCAGUUGACAUUUCAAGGAUCAAUUCCGAGUACAAAAGUGGAGUUUGGAGUAUAAACGGCACUAUUACGAAGUUCCAAUAUUCUCUGCCAUCAUGCCAGCGGUAGUAUGAAAAGUUGCAUCAUACCACGGUGGCCCUGGUUUGUAAGCACUUUAGUCUCUGUGUGAGAGUUUCUGCUUGUGGAGCUGAUUUUUUUCCUAAAUAGCAUAUUUGGUUGUAUAAAAAUAUUCUCAUGGCAAAUACUAUAUUUGUAUUUAAAAAUGAUAUUCAUAAGAUAACAGAAAUAGUGUUACUUCUCUUCUGUAUGUUUUAAUGUGAGAGGUCUAGGAAAUAUUUGAUGAUAGACUUCCCAUUUGAAAAAACAAUGAAGACACCAUACAUUGCUUUUUUGCACAAUUUGUAUCAGUAUUUAUUCUUAAUCACAAUCUAUAUAUUUCUCUUGAAACACUCAGUGCUUUUCCUGUGCAUAAGAGUAACUUUGAUUUUCAUCAAGUUGUCUAUGAUGACUACUAGGCUGUAUAUAAUAUAAUGCAUACAUUAGUAAAAUGAUAACAAUAGGUAGAUGACCCAACUUCAUCUGAACUCGCUAAAGAGGGAGGAUAAGAUCAACAUGUAGACUCGCUAAACAGAGAGGAUAAGAUCAACAUGUAGACUCGCUAAACAGAGAGGAUAAGAUCAACAUGUAGACUCGCUAAACAGAGAGGAUAAGAUCAACAUGUAGACUCGCUAAACAGAGGAUAAGAUCAACAUGUAGACUCGCUAAACAGAGAGGAUAAGAUCAACAUGUAGACUCGCUAAACAGAGAGGAUAAAAUCAACAUGUAGACUCGCUAAACAGAGAGGAUAAGAUCAACAUGUAGACUCGCUAAACAGAGAGGAUAAGAUCAACAUGUAGACUCGCUAAACAGAGAGGAUAAGAUCAACAUGUAGACUCGCUAAACAGAGAGGUUAAGAUCAACAUGUAGACUCGCUAAACAGGGAGGAAAGAGAGAUGUUCUAGUGUCACUAAAUCCGUGUCCAUCUAUUUAAGUGUCUUUAUUCUUCCAUCCAUCUAGCUUUCUACCACAUCCCUCUUUUCAACUUUUCUGACUACUAUAAGAUAAUUUAUUAUAGAUAAACAUUCUGUCCUACCAUUGAUUUUAGUGGUGGUUAAGGGGAAAGUAAGGUUUGAUUUCAGGACAGACAAAGAGCCUCCAUUUGUUUCAGAGACAGGUCAAAUCCCAUAUUGGGAUUAUAUCGGUUUUAUACAAACUCCAGAGGGUGCGGACAUGGAAUGAUGAUGUAGGAGAUGGGUGCAAUAACCCCCACCCUCUUUCUCAAUGAUCUGAGCAGGUUCAUAUGAUUUUGUUAGACAUCAAACUGGUCGGACACAUCAAUGGGAGACACAAGUUGCUUUAAAAUGUCACCUGCAUCAAGAACUGUCUACCAAUGUGUGAACUUCACACAUUACCCAAAUGCAAAAAAAAUUAAAAGAUCAGUAUACCUGGCCGCCUAACAGCUGUUGUCACACCACCAUUUUAGUGGUUUUCAAAACGUUGUAAAAAGAUGUGACUGAAAACUGAGCUGUGUUUGUUGGAGGCAGCUGCUGACAUGCUCCGCAGAUAAUAUGGGAUUUCUUGGAAUCCAUUAGAAUCUGAAGAAACAUCAAUUCACUUCCUUUGACUGUGGAGGACACAUCCACAUGGAAAACAGCCCAGGUCUUGCCAAUCUUCCUUUUGAACUGAUAAUACUAUACUGUGCAAUAUUACAGUUGUGAGAAUUCACAAGGGUGCAAUACAUCAAUGACCAUUGGAAUGUAGAAAGUAAGUGUAUCAUAGGCUGCAUCAUGGUAAGUGACACCUGUAGCUAUAACUACAAGAGGAAAAUAUAUGGUGGCGUAUAAAUGAAAUUGCACUAAGAAUGAUCAUUGUACUAGAUUUAGCAGUAUUCAUUUAGAAUUAUUUUUUAUCAGUGUUUUCUUUAUUACUGAAAUAUGAGUGUUUCUCUGAUUUGCUAGGAGUGAUACUUUCAUUCAAUUGCUAUUGUAUAUAUAAUUUUUUUAUUCAUUUGCACUGGUAAAGAUGGGAUGUUUGAAAUAUACAUAAUGGUUGUCAGGAUUGCAGACUCAUCAACAUGUUUGUUUUCUGAGGAAUCAUCUGCUGUAACAAAAAUAAAUCCAUGGUCAUAAUGCG